CCCCUUCAAAACCUCUGCACCCUCAAGCGAUUUAUAUCAAACUAGAAAAAAUGCCUGCCUCAUUGUUCUGUUUCUUCCUAGUCCUAAUGUUCUCUUCCUCAUUACCUGUUUCUAUGGCUAUCCGUGACAUCCCAUCAAGCGUUCCAAGCACGAUGAGGCCUGCAUCAGUGGAUUAUAUGAAGAUGGAUAAUGAUGAGGUGACUCAAGGGCACCAGGUUUUUCAUGACAGAGAAGUAAAGGGCUGCCUUCCCAAAGGGUACAGGCGUUCAUCAGCUCCGAGCCGCUAUGUUAAUUAUCAACCUCUUGGGUCAUGUGUUUCCAAGAAUGACCCAAGAAAGCCUUAAUCAUUUGUUGAGGAAUUGAGAUGAUAUUGAGAAGGGGAUAGAUUAUGAGGUGAAGUUUGUAAUAUAUGUAUGAUCUCUGUUUUUUUAUUUUUCUUUUCAGUUUUUGGAAUCCUAGAGUUGAUGUUUUCUUUCCAAUCAUAUUAGUAGUAGAAUUUUGACAAUUUAUUCUUAUGUGGAUUCAGUCAUGAACUUGUCUAAAUUCUAAAAUAAUUUCCCCUAGAACAG